AUGGCUUUCUGGCGUGGUGGUUCUCUAUUCUCAUCUUCAACAUCUUCGACACCAACAAAUAAUAGCACAAUCGCUCAAGAAACAAUCGAACGUCUUUGUGAUCGUUUACAAUUAGCAACACGUAACGAAGAUCGACGAGAUGCUGUACGUGGUCUUAAAGCUCUUUCAAAAAAAUGUAAACUUGAAGUUGGUACUCAAAGUAUGACAUUAUUAGCAAAUAUUUUACAAGGUGAUCGAACUGAUUUGGAUCUUAUUCAAUUGGCACUUGAAACUUUAGCUAAUAUUGUAACAUACGAAACAGGCAAUGAUGAUGAACAAGCAAAUUUACCACAAGAUAUUACCGUACAAUUUACAGAAUUAUAUAUCAAGAAUAAGGAAUAUGUUCAUGCAGCUCUUGAACUUAUUGAAGAAACUGAUUUUAAUGUUCGUCGUACUGCUAUUCGAUUUCUUAGUUCACUUCUUACAAAUUGUACGAAAGAAUUACAAGAUAUUAUUUUAGAAAGUGGACCUAUGGGUGUUUCGAAAUUAGUUGAUCUUUUACAAGAUGAACGUGAAGUUAUUCGAAACGAUGCAUUACUUCUUUUACAAAUGUUAACACGUUCAAAUACAAAUAUACAAAAAAUAGUGGCAUUUGAAAAUGGUUUCGAACGUUUAUUUGAAAUACUUGUUAGUGAAGGUGGUAGUGAUGGAGUUGUUACUGUCGAAGAUUGUUUAUCUGUUUUAUUAAAUUUAUUACAAAAUAAUGCAUCAAAUCAAAGUUAUUUUCGUGAAGGUUCAUAUAUUCGACGUUUAGUUGCUUUUUUCGAACUUAAUUCAAUUGGUGAACGACGUUGGUCAGCACAAAAAGUAACAAAUGUUCAUCUUCUAUUACAAACAAUUCGAACACUUGUUUCACCAACAAAUUCUCAUCAAAAUAUUCUUGCAUGUCAACGUACAGUUAGUCAAUGUGGUUUAUUACAUCGUUUAUGUGUUAUGCUUACACUUACAACAAUUCCUGCUGAUGUUUUGGCUGAAACUAUUAAUACGAUUGGUGAUGUUGUUCGUGGUAAUACAGAAAAUCAACAAUUUCUUGGUUCUGUUAUGAAUACAACUGGUGAAGUUCAACAGCCUGUAUUAUUUAAUCUUUUAUACACAAUGGUUGCUGGUGAAAAACAAUCAUUUCCACUUCGAAUAUCAAUUCUGUAUUGUCUUCAAUGUUAUUUAUAUAAAAAUGAUUUUGGAAAAUCUAUGAUUGUUCAAACACUAUUACCUCAAACUGAAAAUGCUGCAAAUCAAUAUACCUUAGGUCAUUUAUUAAUAAUUGGUUAUUUAAGUAAAGAUAUUGUUGCAUCAUGGUCUUCUGGCAUUGCACUUGCACAUUUAAUUGCUGAUAGUCAACAAUUUAAAGAAGCAAUAUUGAAAGUUGUAUUAGCAGUUGAUCAAGCACAAACAGGAGCUAAAACAUUAAUGGAAAUCUCGAUCGACUUAUUACAAAAUCCAUCAUCUUCAUUUCAUACUCGUAUUGCGGUACUUAUUUUUAUAUGUACAUGGCUGUCAAAUUGUUCAUUAGCCGUACAAACAUUUGUUUCAAUUCAAAAUAGUAUAUCAUAUCUUAUUUCACAAAUAUGUGCUCAAUUAGUUGCAGAUGAUCGUGAAAUUUUAAUUCAAUCUUUAUGUUCAUUUGCAUUAGGUUUAUGUUUAAUAUUUAAUAACAAUCAAAUACCAUCAUAUACAACUGAAUCUCUUGAACGAUUAAUCAAUAAACGUAUUGGUAUCGAUUUAUUUCAAGAGAAACUUGAAACACUUUCUAAAUCGGAAUAUUAUGCAAAAACAUUACAAAAACCACAAUUAAAAAUAUCCAAAACAAAUGAUAUGAUUCUUGAUUACGAAUUUGCUCGUUUAUAUAAAACAUAUGAAGGUUCAAUAACACGCAUGUUAAUAACAGGUCAAAUGAGUUCAAAUGAAAAAUCAUUUAUUGAUCCAAUAUCAACAAAUAUUUAUAAUCAACAAACAUCAACAGUAAUGACACAUUAUCAUGAUUUAAUUAGAAAACAAGAUCAACAAAUAAAUGCAUAUAAACAACAAGAAAAACAAUUUAUUGAGGAAUCUUAUAUUUAUAAAAAGAAAAUUACUGAUUUAGAACAAAAAUUACAAGAAGUUAAAGAUCAAUAUUCUUUAUUAAAAAUAUCAACUAAACAAGGACCAGAUACUCACGAUGAAUUAAGAACAAUAUGUGAACAACAACGUAUUGAAUUAGAAUAUUUAAGAAAUAUUGUUGUAUACUCAACAACAGCAACAGCAUUUCACUUUGAUGAAUUCGCAAAAUCAAGAUCAACACUUCCGAUUCAAAGAAUGCAUUUUCUUUGUGAAAAUUUAGCAAAAAAAUAUGACUGGCUUGAAAGUCGAAGUAUGCGUUUAUUUCACAAUAAACUUGAAAAUGGAGUUGAACAAUUGAAUUUGAGUAACAAUCAAAAUCAUAAUAUUCAGAACGAUGGACGAAUUCCAGUAGGUGAACGAGCAGCAUUAACAGCUCGUAUUACUGAAUUACAAGAAAAAGUAAAUGCAUUUGAUGAAAAGUAUGCAACACAAAAUGAUGAAAUAGCUCGAUUACAAUUAGAAAACGGAGUUUUACAAGAAAAAAUAGCUAAUGAAAAACGAAAAGUAUCAAUCCUUGAAAGUCUUGAAAGUCAAAUGCAAGGAUUAAUAGAUGAAAAAGCUCGAUUAGAUAAUGAAUAUCAGAAAUUAAAUAUUGCUUAUCAACAGAAUUUAACCGAACAAAACGAUUUACUUGUCCUUUGUUCAACAUAUGAAGAUCAAUUAACAACUUGCAGAAAUAUAAUUCAAUCAGCAGGAUUAACAGUACCCAGUUUUUUACUUGAACUUGAUAAUACUGAAUAA